AUUUUAGAAUACAAUAUAGAGAAAAAACUACAACUAAUUUAUCACUCCGUAUAUACACGGUUGCGCCUCAAAUGCUGAGAGGAAUCUGACCAGCACAUUUCAGGCGGCGAGGGAAAGAGUUGAAAAUCUUGCACAAUCAACCAGCCGCCAUGGAUUUCAGGGGCUAUGGCCGACUCUACAAGCUCUUCUUCUUCUUCUCCCUCGUCGCUGUCGUCUUGCUGCAUUGGGGAACAGCAACCAGUUCUGCGUUGCCGGAAGAAAUCCCAUCAAAAAAAAACUCUGUUUCUCGGACGAUCAGUUCUAACUCGGUCCUGCUCGCCCUUCUGGAUUCCCACUACACUGACCUCUCUGAGCUCAUCGAGAAGGCCCUCUUGCUUCAAACUCUCGAACAUGCCGUUUCCCUUCACAACAUCACCAUUUUCGCGCCGACAAACGAGGCAUUGGAACGAGAUUUGGACCCGGAGUUCAAGCGUUUCCUGCUUGAACCCCGAAAUCUCCGGCCCCUACAGAGUCUUCUUCUCUUCCAUAUCAUACCCACUCGCUUGGAGUCCUAUAAGAACUUUCCGGCCGGAGGGUCUCUCCGCCGUCAGACUCACUCUACCCUGUGCCGUGAAGACGGCGGGGAGAAUAUCGUCGUCACUCGGAGAGAGGUGAGUGGGGUUAAGAUUGUCCGGCCCGACGAUGCUGUCCGCCCCGAUGGUGUGAUUCACGGGAUAGGGCGCGUGUUGAUUCCCAAAUCGGUUCAGCGGGAUUUCAACGCUCGCCGGAGUUUGAGAGCAAUCUCCGCUGUCCUCCCCACCGGAGCCCCGGAAGUGGACCCCAGGACUCACCGACUGAAGAAACUCGCGAUUCCCGUUCAUGUCGGUGCCCCUCCAACCUUACCCAUUCAGGACGCGAUGGCCCCGGGGCCAUCUCUGGCGCCGGCGCCGGCGCCGGGACCUGGUACGCACCGCCGACACUUCGACGGCGAGAGUCAAGUCAAAGAUUUCAUCCAAACGCUCCUGCACUACGGCGGGUACAACGAACUGGCGGAUAUUUUGGUAAAUUUGACAUCUUUGGCCACGGAAAUGGGAAGAUUAGUGUCGGAAGGUUACGUGCUGACAGUUUUAGCGCCCAACGAUGAGGCGAUGGCGAAGCUGACCGCCGACCAAUUGAGCGAGCCAGGGUCGCCGGAGAAGAUAAUGUACUAUCAUAUCAUACCGGAGUACCAGACGGAGGAGAGCAUGUACAAUGCGGUGAGGAGGUUUGGGAAGGUCAGAUACGAUACGCUGAGAUUGCCACAUAAGGUGGUGGCGGAGGAGGCGGACGGGUCGGUGAAAUUCGGGGACGGCGAAGGGUCUGGUUAUUUGUUCGAGCCAGACAUUUACACCGACGGGAGGAUUUCUGUGCAGGGGAUCGAUGGGAUUCUGAUCCCGGCGGCGGAGGAGGAGAUUGUUGAUAAGGUCGCCGCUCCUAAGUCCGUCCGCGUUCAUAAUAUUAAUAAUAAGGUUGUUCCAAAGCUAAGAAGAGGAAAGUUGAUGGAGGUAGCUUGUACCAUGUUUGGGUCUCUUGGCCUAGCCGCAGCCUGUUCUUGAAGUAAUACAUUGAAAAUUAGUGAACAAAAGGACCUGGAAUCUGCUGUGGUUUAGGUCAACUAUGUUGACGGUCUUCUAAAAGGAAAAGAUGGGUGAAGGGGGAAAGAUGCAACACAGAUUCUCGUCUUGCUCUCUGUCUUGUCUUUUUAUAGCCACAAUUGUAAUUACCCACUUCAAUUUUUUGUGUUCCUAUUUGUGGCGUAUUAUUUAAGCUCGUCUUGGCUUACAUUUUGGUGUGCCAAAAAAGAAAAAAAGAAACCAGACAUAUUUCUUACUUGUUUCUAAACAGCAGAACAUGGGUGGUGGACCAGGUGUGAGAUAUGUUUUUAGCCUCUAUGAAAGUGUGCAUUCUCAGCUUG